AUUCAUAUUAACUCAAUUUAAACACUGAAGUUGUUUCACUUUUUUGUACCAUCAACAUAAAUUAUUUAAAAAAAAAAAAAAAAAAAAAUACAACCAUUAGUUAAACUUUGCUUUUGUGACCAGGACAGUGAUAUUUUGAAAUUUACCUAUUUUCCAGAACAAUCCAGAUAGAUUCAGUGCUGAGUAACUUCUAGAACUUUCCAGUAAUAUAAAUAGUAGUAUAAAUACAGGGGACUUAAGCCCACCAGUUCAGUUUAGUUCAAGCUGCCUAAGUAGAUACAUAUCUGCAUUUUUCUGAGAUGGCAUCAAGAGGCUGCAAGCAUCCGGCAGACGCAUUUUGCUAUGUCUGCGGCCAAUUUAUCAAGACAAGAGCGAAAAAGUAUUCAGUGGAAGCAUCUGCUAAGAUGUGUGAGGCCUACAAGGCAUAUUUCGGCAUGCCUGUCGGGGAUCAAGACAAACCCUGGGCACCUCAUUUCACCUGCGAGCACUGCAAAAAAACUCUGGAAGGAUGGUACAGAGGGGAAAAGAGAGCCAUGACGUUCGCUAUCCCAAGAAUUUGGCGGAAACCCACUGACCACUCAAGCAACUGCUACUUCUGCAUGGUGGACCCUUCCAAACGUCGGACUGGCAAGAAUGCACCUGCUAUCACGUAUCCGGACCUUCCUUCAUCCAUCGCCCCGGUGCCACACUGCCAUGAGCUCCCCGUACCCACUCCUCCGGAGAGGGAGCAGCCGUCUUUAGAAGAGAGCAGCAAGUCAGAGAGCGAGGAAGACGUUGUAGAUCCAGAUGACAAUUUCAGAGGUGGAGCUGAGGAGAGAAACCCAUACUACCCCAACCAAAAAGACCUCAACGACUUGAUUAGAGAUCUUGGUCUCGCCAAGUCCAAUGCCGAGCUUUUGACGUCUAGGCUCAAGCAGUGGAACUUGUUGGAUGAAAGUGUGUAAGUCGCAGAUCAGAGGUAGCGUCGCCAACCUUUUUCCAGCUUCUUCACCUGUCAAGAUGGGCUCUGCUUCUGCCACAAUGUGACCAGUCUGUUCGAGGCAAUCGGAAUCGCCUGUAACCAGAAUGAGUGGCGCCUCUUCAUUGACAGCUCAUCCAGGAGCCUCAAAGCCGUGCUGCUCCAUAAUGGUAACAAGUACCCGUUUCUUCCCCUGGCUCACUCGGUGCACCUCAAAGAGGAUUACAACAGCAUCAAGACCUUGCUGGACGCCUUGAAGUAUGAUGAGUAUGGCUGGGACCCCCGGAAGGUGCUGAUGCCACCACUGCACAUCAAAUUGGGCCUUAUGAAACAAUUUGUCAGAGCUCUAGAUAAGGAGUCGGCAGCCUUCAAGUACCUUCAAGACUUCUUCCCUAAGCUGUCUGAGGCAAAGGUCAAACCCGGUGUCUUCGUCGAACAGAUAAAGAAGAUCCUGGAGUGCAGUGAAUUCUCCAAGAAGCUCACUAGUAAGGAGAAAGCAGCUUGAAACAGCUUUGUCACAGUGGUUCGGGGCUUCCUGGGCAAUCACAAGGCCGAAAACUAUGUGGAGCUGGUUGAGACUCUGGUGAAGAACUACGGCACAAUGGGCUGUAGGAUGUCCCUGAAAGUCCAUAUCCUUGAUGCUCAUCUUGAUAAAUUCAAGGAGAACAUGGGAGCGUACUCGGAGGAGCAAGGCGAGCGCUUCCACCAGGAUAUACUGGACUUUGAACGCCGCUACCAAGGACAGUAUAACGAGAACAUGAUGGGAGACUACAUUUGGGGGCUGAUUCGUGAAAGUGAUUUACAGUAUAAUCGUAAAUCUCGAAAAACUACUCGCUUCUAAAUCUUUUGUAGUCAUUUUUGUAUUACUUUAGUAUAAAUAUAUGUUAAUUUAUUAUUAUUAUUAUUAUUAUUAUUUAUUUCUUAGCUGACGCCCUUAUCCAGGGCGACUUACAAUUGUUACAAGAUAUCACAUUAUUUUUACAUACAAUUACCCAUUUAUACAGUUGGUUUUUACUGGAGCAAUCUAGGUAAAGUACCUUGCUCAAGGGUACAGCAGCAGUGUCCCCACCGGGAUUUGAACCCACGACCCUCCGGUCAAGAGUCCAGAGCCCUAACCACUACUCCACACUGCUGCACUAAUUUGAAUUCAUGUUGUUUUUUUCUGACUUUAUGUGAACGAAGACACAAAUUCGCCCGUUUUCUCAUUGGAAAUAGGUAAAUUUCAAAAUAUCACUGUCCUGGUCACAAAAGCAAAGUUUGUGGGGAAUAAUAGCCAUUUUCUAUACUUUUGAGGCAUAAGCAAUUAGGAAAUAAUACUUACUACCCAGGAACAAAAAUUGUGUUACAUAGUGAUUUAAUCCCUGUUUUAUUUAUUUGUAAUAUAUAAGAUAGAUAUACGCUAAAUUGUUGAUUUUUUACUUUUAUUAAAUGUCGUUUGUCUCCU